AUGAGGAUCAGUUUUCCCACACUGCUGUCCAAAGUCUGGGAGCAGAUCAAGGAGAAGCUCCACUUCAGUCCAGUCAUUCUGGACCCAAACACGGCAAACGGCUUUCUCUAUCUGUCUGAUGAUCUGACCAGCGUGAGAUGUGGAGACACAAAGCAGAAGCUUCCUGAAAACCCAGAGAGAAACACUAAGUACAGCGAUGUGUUUGGCUCUGAGGGCUUCAGCUCAGGGACACACAGCUGGGAGGUGGAGGUGGGAGAUCAUCCACGCUGGAGAGUGGGUUUGGUUAAAGAGUCAGUUAACAGGAAGGGAAAGCGAUCUGCUUCACCAGAAUAUGGAAUCUGGUGUUUAUGGCAUGGUGAUGGAAAAUAUACCAAUAGUGUUGGUAAGACCGUGACAGUGAAGAAGAGUCUCCAGAGGAUCAGAGUCCAGCUGGACUAUGACAUGGGGGAGGUGUCCUUCUACAACUCUGAAGACAUGACUCCCAUCUACACUCACAGAGACACUUUCACUGAAAAACUCUUCCCUUUUUUUGGAGUUGAUACAAACACGGCAAGUCCAGGUCUCUAUCUGUCUGAUGAUCUGACCAGCGUGAGAUGUGGAGACAUAGAGCAGAAGCUUCCUGAAAACCCAGAGAGAAACUCUACAUAUCCUUCUGUGUUUGGCUCUGAGGGCUUCAGCUCAGGGAGACACAGCUGGGAGGUGGAGGUGGGAGAUCAUCCACGCUGGAAUGUGGGUUUGGUUAAAGAGUCAGUUAACAGGAAGGGAAAGCGAUCUGCUUCACCAGAAGAUGGAGUUUGGUGUUUAUUGCAUCGUGAUGGAAAAUAUGCCGAUGGUGCUGGUGAGACUGUGACAGUGAAGAAGAGUCUCCAGAGGAUCAGAGUCCAGCUGGACUAUGACAUGGGGGAGGUGUCCUUCUACAACUCUGAAGACAUGACUCACAUCUACACUCACAGAGACACUUUCACUGAGAAACUCUUCCCUUAUUUCUGCGUUUACCCAGCAGGAAACGCUAAAACAUCCAACAUCAAAAUCUACAUAGAGCAGAAGCUUCCUGAAAACCCAGAGAGAAACACUAAGUACAGCACUGUGUUUGGCUCUGAGGGCUUCAGCUCAGGGACACACAGCUGGGAGGUGGAGGUGGGAGAUCAUCCUUGCUGGGGUGUGGGUUUGGUUAAAGAGUCCGUUAACAGGAAGGGAAAGCGAUCUGCUUCACCAGAAUAUGGGAUCUGGAGUUUAUGGCAUCGUGAUGGAAAAUAUACCGACUGUGCUGGUGAGACUGUGACAGUGAAGAAGAGUCUCCAGAGGAUCAGAGUCCAGCUGGACUAUGACAUGGGGGAGGUGUCCUUCCACAACUCUGAAGACAUGACUCACAUCUGCACUCACAGAGACACUUUCACUGAGAAACUCUUCCCUUAUUUCAGUGUUGGUCCAGCUAAAGACGCUAAAACAUCCGACAUCAAAAUCUGUUAA